CGCCACAUUCCACAAUGGUCCUUCGCGCCACAAGGCUGGCAGUGGCCGGCAGCUCCCGGAGCACUCAAGGAGUCCGUGUUGCUCAUUCCUCUAAUGGGAAAUCCAUCAGGUCCCGUAAGGUGACGCCUGUCCGCGCGGCUGCUGCGGAGACUGAAGCUCCUGAAAAGCCAAAAGGCUCAGCGGUUAUUGAGGGCUUCUUCGCGGGGCUUGCGCGCCUUGGCACCACGGGCACUGUGCAGCUUAAGGCCAAGAAGGACGAGAAGAAGAGCUCAGUGAAUAAGGACGGCCGCGAUGACAACGUGGUCUUCGUCGCUGGCGCUACCGGCCGGACGGGCGCCCGCGUGGUUAGGGAGCUGCUGGAGUCAGGCUUCACGGUCCGCGCGGGGGCUCGCAACGUGGAGGCCGCCGAGUCCGCCUUGUCGGUGGCUGCCUCGUACGGCAUCAUCAAGGCGGACCAGGUCAAGCGCGUGACGGUGGUGCCGUUUGAUGUGGGCAAUGUGGAGGGCUUUGCGGCGGCUAUCGGCAACGCCAACAAGGUUGUGUGUGCCGUGGGAGCACCUGAGGAUCAGGCGCUCAACUUCUCCGCUCCAAAGAAGGUGGAUGGCGAGGGUUCCGUCGCGCUCAUCAACAAGGCUGCGGAGCUUGGUGUGACGCAGUUUGUGCUGGUGACCUCCCUGGGCACCGGCAAGCUGGGCUGGCCUGCGGGCGUGCUGAACCUUUUCGGCGGGGUGCUGCUGUGGAAGCGGGAGGCGGAGAAGGCGCUGGAGGCGAGCGGCAUGGCGUACACCAUCGUGCGGCCAGGCGGCAUGGAACGCCCGACGGACGACUACAAGAAGACGCACAACCUGGUGCUGAAGCCCCGUGACAGCACCUUUGGCGGCCAGGUCUCCAGGUUGCAAGUGGCGGAGCUGGUGGCGGCCACCUGCCGUAACCCGGCGGCAGCGGAGAACAAGGUGUUGGAGUUGGUAGCGGAGACGACGGCGCCGCCACGGUCGUUUGAGGAGUUGCUGGAGGAGAUUCCGCAGGAUAUUACGCGGGUGAGUGACGGAGGGCGGAUGGGUGGUGGUGGUGGUGGUGGUGGGUGGCGCGGUGUGCAGAGGUCGAGGCUGGUGUAG